UCCCGCACGGCGCCGGGUCUGCAGUCUUCUCCCGCUUCAGCGUUCCCGCUCAUAGAUGACUCCCCUGGUGCAGACAUGGCCUCGGGCGCCGCCUGCGCACCGGUGAAGAUUGGGAUAAUUGGUGGAACAGGCUUGGAUGAUCCAGAAAUUUUAGAAGGAAGGACUGAAAAAUAUGUGGAUACUCCGUUUGGCAAGCCAUCCGAUGCCUUAAUUCUGGGGAAGAUAAAGAAUGUUGAUUGUGUACUUCUUGCAAGACAUGGGAGACAGCAUACCAUCAUGCCCUCGAAAGUCAACUACCAGGCCAACAUCUGGGCUUUGAAGGAAGAGGGUUGUACACAUGUCAUAGUGACUACAGCCUGCGGGUCCUUGAGAGAGGAGAUCCAGCCUGGUGACAUGGUCAUCAUCGAUCAGUUCAUUGACAGGACAUCCCUGAGGCCUCAGACCUUCUAUGAUGGAAGUCACGGCAGCGCCAGAGGAGUGUGCCUUAUCCCAAUGGCUGAACCGUUUUGCCCCAAAACAAGAGAGGUCCUCAUAGAAACAGCUAAGAAGCUUGGUCUUCGAUGCCUCAAAGGGACAAUAGUCACAAUUGAGGGGCCUCGUUUCAGCUCUCGGGCAGAAAGUUUUGUAUUCCAUACUUGGGGUGCAGAUGUUAUCAAUAUGACCACAGUUCCAGAGGUGGUGCUUGCUAAGGAGGCUGGCAUUUGCUAUGCAAGCAUUGCCAUGGCAACCAAUUAUGAUUGUUGGAAGGAGCAUGAAGAAGCGGUGUCAGUGGAUGGGGUUUUAAAGACCAUGAAAGAAAAUGCCAACAAAGCCAAAAGCUUACUGCUCACUAUGAUUCCACAGAUAGGGUCUAUGGAGUGGUCAGAAACGCUUCGAAAUCUGAAGAACAUGGUCCAGUGUUCUGUUUUACCACCAAGACAUUGAAACAGCAUGGCCACCACGAGGAGACUUACUACUUCUAGUCUUUGGGAGAUUUUGCUAACACAAAAAAUGGGACCGAUACUUGGCCUUUGUUCCUUUGCCGGGAAAGGAGCAUGUGGUAAGAAAGAGACAGUGCACUCCACUGAGAUACAGAUUCUUCUGGAACCUGGAAGGAAAACAACAGCCUGCAGAAAUAUAAGGGAACAAAGCCAAAAACCUUGUCAAUCAUUUUUCCUUCUACACUGGCAACCAUGAAGACUGGUGAGGAUGUCUGUCCAUUUCCCUGCACUGCUGAUGGCUCUGAGCUUGAAAUGGGACUGUGGUUGUAAA